AUGGUCAUAAUUUGUAUUCUAUAUAUUGACAACAUAUUAUUAGAGAGAUUGGUUAAAUAUACCUCAAUCGUGUUCAAAUACAACCAUAGAAAUGGUUUUGUCACUUGUGAUUUCACUACUUAA